AUGGAAAAAAUUGACUUAUCCACCAACGCCCGUGCGAUCCAAGCUGCUUACGACACAGUCGUAAGAGGAGACGAUCCAUCCAUCUCCUACGUCGUUUAUUCGGUGCAUCCUGCCCCCACGUUAUCCGUACUCGAAACUGGAAACGGCCCACUCACUGAAUUCUUUGAACAUUUCACCGAUGGACAAAUUCAAUUUGGUGUUGCUAGAGUCACUGUUCCUGGUUCUGAUGUGUCCAAGAACAUUCUUGUCGGUUGGUGUCCAGACAGUGCUCCAGCCAAGGGAAGAUUAAGUUUUGCUAGUAAUUUCGCUGAAGUUGGUAAGGUCUUAAUUGGUCAUGUUCAAAUCACUGCCCGUGACGCUGAUGACUUGGAUGAAAAUGAAUUCUUGGAAAGAGUUGGUGCUGCUGCCGGUGCCAGAUACUCUGUAACUCCUGGAACCGUCACUGCUAAGAAGUCAGCCCCAGCUCCAAAGCCAGUUGUUGCCAAGCCAAUUGUUUCCAAGCCACCAGUUAAGGCUGCUAAACCAAGCUAUGUCCCAAAGUCUACUGGUAAGCCAGUUGCUCCAGUCAAGCCAAAACCAAAGUUAGAUGAUGGUUGGGGUGAUGCCAAGGAUGUUGAGGUCCGUGAUUUCUCAGAAAAGCCAUUGAAAGACCUUCCUUCUGCUUAUAAGCCUACUAAAGUGAACAUUGAAGAAUUGCGUAAGAAUAAGUCAGACACCAUCAGUUCUACCCCUAAGCCUACUGGGUUAUCCGAUGAUGGAAGAUUAACCAGUUUACCAAAGCCAAAGGUUGGCCAUUCUGUAGCCGAAAGAUACAAGGCUGCUGCCAGUGGUGAAGCUAGUACUGUCACUGCUUCUUUUGGUGCUAAGCCUCAUGUUUUCGGUGGUGAUGAUAGAAAGGAUAAAGUUGUUGGAGGAUUAUCCCGUAACUUUGCCGCUCAAGAUGGUAAGACCCCAGCUCAAAUCUGGGCUGAAAAGAGAGGACAAUACAAGACUGUUGCUACUGAAGAAGGUAGUGAAUCUAACCAAGCUUCUGAACCUGUCCAUGAACAUACUCAUGAUUUAGUUGAACAAUUUGAAAAGAAGGCUGUCAUCGAAGAAGAACCUGUGCCUGAACCAAGACGUGCCAUCCCUGAACCAGAACCGGAAGCAGUUCCUGAACCAGAAGAAGAAGAAGAGGAAGAAGAAGAACCUACUCCUUCUUUACCAUCUCGCACCCAACCAGAACCAGUUCCUUCCUUGCCAUCUCGUGCAGAAGAACAAGAAGAAGAAGAAGAAGAAGAGGAACCAGCUCCUUCUUUACCAUCUCGUACUAAGGAAGAACCUACCCCUGUCUUACCAUCCCGUGCUCAAUCCAAACCUACUGCUACUGCUGAAUACGACUAUGAAAAGGAUGAAGAUAACGAAAUUGGUUUCGCUGAAGGUGAACUCAUUGUCGAUAUAGACUUCACCGAUGAAGAAUGGUGGUCUGGUCGUAACGCCAAGGGUGAAGUUGGUUUAUUCCCUGCUGCAUAUGUCAAGUUGAAUGAAGACUCUGAACCAUCCAAGGCUGAACCUGAAGUGAAGGAACCAGAACCAGUGGCUGAACCAGUGGCACCAUCUGCUCCUAGCAAGUCUGCUACUGCAGAAUACGACUACGAAAAGGACGAAGACAAUGAAAUUAGUUUUGAAGAAGGUGAUUUGAUUAUCGAUAUUGAGUUUGUUGACGAAGACUGGUGGAGUGGUAAGCAUAAGGCUACUGGUGCUGUUGGAUUGUUCCCUUCAAACUACGUUAAAUUAAACGAGUGA